AUGAAAAUCACUGAAGUCCUGGGAGCUGGCGACAUCAACUCUGCGAUUUCAGAAUGCAAAGCUCCUGAGUCGUUCGACUUCAAGAAGUUCUUUGAAACGUGCGGUCUGACCAAAAAAUCCGCCGAUGACCUGAGGAAAGUCUUUUUAAUUCUGGAUCAGGAUGGCAGUGGCUGCAUCGAUAAAACUGAGCUCAAGUUGUUUCUUCAGUAUUUCUCCACUAAUGCCAGAGUACUGAGCGAUAACGAGGCUCAGUCAAUGCUCUCUGCGGCAGACAGUGAUGGUGAUGGUAAAAUUGGAUUUGAGGAAUUCCAGCGACUAGUUCGGUCCUAA